CCCCGUGCACUUCCUCUUCUAAAUCAAUUUGGAUGACAUCGUCUGCUGAUAUAGAGCAGAUACAUUUUUAGAUUUAAAAAAAAACAGCUGGGUCAUUGGACCUCGACAGCAUGACAUCACCAUUUGUUUUAGAGCGUUGAUUUUAAAAAGUGAAGCCAAACAACCAGAUGCAGUCCAGACACUUCACUCUGUUUUUAUAUCGAUGAUGAUUUGACUUUUUUACAAUUAUUUAACACAACACAACACAGAAUGUUUUUGUUAAAUAUUAUUUUAACUCCAUGAUUUCUGUAAUGUUUUACUUCAAUAUCAGCAGGAUUAUUUAUUACUUAUUGUGUUAAAAAAAAAAUCAGUCAUCAAAAAGAGCCACAUCUGGGUCUCGAGCCAUAGGUUCCCAACCCCUGGACUAGAGGAAGCAGAAGACCCACCGUUGGUCCGUGCCCCGUACCUUGUGAACCACUGCUAGCCAAGCGUGUCAUGCGUGACAUGAUAGAACUUUCUGAACUAGCCCUUUAAAUACCAUGUUUCUGACGGUGACGCCUCCUUGGCUAACGGGAUUAUCUGACUCCAGUCUGUCGUCUGGUCCUGGAGCGGCGGACGGAGAAGGUUCUGGAGCGGUCCACAGGAGGUUCUGGAGCGGUCCACAGGAGGUUCUGGAGCGGUCCACAGGAGGUUCUGGAGCGGUCCAGAGGAGGUUCUGGAGCGGUCCAGAGGAGGUUCUGGAGCGGUCCAGAGGAGGUUCUGGAGCGGUCCACAGGAGGUUCUGGAGCGGUCCAGAGGAUGAGUACCAUCGACUACAGCGCCUGGGACCACAUCUACGUGUCCGAUGACGAGGACGUGACCAGUCCCUUCGUGGACACGUCCAGUCUGUUCAGAAUGAGACACCGGGCUCGGCUGGAGAGGACGGCAGACGUCCAGCAGAGACGAGAAGAUUUGGAGAAAAACUGUGCUCAGUGCAGGCAGCGUCUGGAGGACGCCCAGCUACGGCUGAGAGAGCUGGGACAAGAGAGGAAGGAGGGAAGCCCGGAGGACAAGGACACGGAGGCCGAGCUGAGGACAGUCCAGGCUGAAGUGAGGAAACUGGAAAAGGAAGAGAAGGUUUUUGAGAAAUUGAUGACGGAGCACCGGAGGGAAGAGAAGAAGAUUCCCUGGAAUGUGGACACGAUCAGCAAGGAAGGUUUCAGCAGGAGUGUGUUCAACAUCGAGGCCGAAACAGAGGAGGAAGAAGAAGAUGCAGAGAAACGAAGGACAUUUUUGGAGACGCACGGAAAGGAAAUCAAACACUUUGGUAUGCUGCGUCGUUGGGACGACAGUCAGAAGUAUCUGUCUGAUAACCCACAGCUGGUGUGUGAGGAGACCGCCCACGGCCUCGUCUCCACCUGCAUCGACCUGGAGAUCGAUCAGAAACACGGCCUGAUGGAGCAGGUGGCCCACCAGGCCCUCGUCAUGCACUUCAUCCUGGAUCUGAGCCGGACCCUGAGGGUCGACCCCAGAGGCUGUUUCAGACGGUUCUUCUCAAAAAUCAAGACUGCAGACAAACCGUACCUGGAUGCGUUUGACCAUGAACUGGAGUUACUGAAGGAGAGGAUUCACAGCUGUGCACUGAUCCGUACGGAGGGAGUCACUGAAGAUCAGGAGGAGGAGGAGGAGGAGGAGCAGCAGGAGGAGGAGCAGCAGCAGAGGCAGAGGAAACUGGGCCCAAGUGGUUUAGACCCUGUGGAGGUCUAUCAGUCACUGCCAAAGGAACUACAGAAGAGCUUCGCUGAAAAGAACCUCCAGAUGCUGCAGGAGGUGAUGAACAAACUGGAACCUGAGGAAGCUAAAUACCAUCUGAAGAGGUGCAUCGACUCUGGAUUGUGGGUCCCUGACACGGGGGAGGGUGAUGAAGAAGAUGAAGAAGAUGAAGAAGAAGAUGAUGAUGAAGAUGGAGGUGAUAAGAAUAAUGAUACGGACUAAAAUUGAAGGAAGAAUUACAAUUAACCAACUGAGGACCUAAGUUUAGAUAACGUCAACUCCCACCACUGUGGUAAACAGCACCAUCUAGUGUCCAUUUGUGGGACUGCAAAUCAAAAUAAACGUCUAAAAGUAAAUGAAUCAACGGCAAUUAUAGUUUCUGUUAUUUUCACCUCCCCCCACAUUGAUGUGAUUUUAUUUGUUUUGUUUGUUUUUAAUUUGUUUCUUUAAUUGUUUUACAAUAAACCUUGAGGGUGUGA